AUAUUCCAUUCUUUCAAACAACAACCACAACCACAACCACAACCACAGCAACAACAACUAUCUACUUCUCUUACUGUGACCAAAGUCACCCCGUUCCACAGCGCUUGAGAUUGGUAUAGGGUUCUUUCACAAAAUCUCUUUGCACUUGCAAGUUUUAUAUUCUUCCAUUCCCUUGAUACGCAUCUCUUUUCCCGAAUCUGGUCAAAAAAUAUAACAAUCAAUUGAUACUUUACGCUUCUUUACUUUACUUUGCUUUGCUUUGCUUUCCAUAUUUCCCACAACACCAAAUUCAUGUGGUUCGUAUUGUAUCACCUUAAAUCUAAUUAAUCCGACUUAUUAGCAUUUUGUUUUCAUUUCAAAGACCUUCCUUUGCAUCCGCAUCCGCAUCUGCAUCUGCAUCUCCAGUUCUCCAUUGAUCCAUUUCCUGGGUGGUCCCCAUUGGUAGCUGAGUCAACAUGCCUCCACCAAACACUCCAACAAAUGGAGCUGGUACACCUGUCUCACACAUUUCUCGUCCAAAUACUCCACCAAAUAAUAUCUUCAUAUUUGAAGGUUACGAUCCUGCUACAACUCACAUUGGCUUUGCUUAUUACCCACCUCAAAGCGAAGUUGCACCACCAGCUCUUCACGUACCAAAUAAUACUCCAGCCUCCAGCAUUCACUCUUCGCCCGAAAAUUCCUAUCAUCCACGUUCCCGUCGUCCGACUCUAUUGGAUCGAGGAAUUAUGGAAGUCAUUGGAGAAGAAGAACGAGAUCGACGCGAUAAGGAUACUAUCGAUUACCGUAGUGUUGACUACGUAAAUCCACCCGAUCAAAACCUCAUUUGUCCAAUUUGUCGCGUCCCUCUCGUCGAUCCUGUCACGAUUUAUUGUGAUCAUACCUUUUGCAGAGAUUGUAUCACUCAAGCCUUGGCUGUUACAGAGAAAUGUCCUAUGGACCGUUAUCCAAUCUCUCGCAAUGAUCCACUACGUCAAUCGAAUAGAAUUAUCGUUCAACAAGUCAACGAUUUGUUAAUCGCUUGCCCAAGCUGCAAAACCCACCUUCAACGAUCUAAGCUCCGUAACCAUCUCGCCAUCCAUUGCAAGGAAGUUGAAAUUGAAUGUUUGGACCCUGAUUGUAAGCAACUUGUCAAGAGACUUCAUCAACCAAAAGGCUGUCUGCAUUAUGAUUCUGCUUGUCCAUACUGCGAGGAAAUUUUGCAAGAGAGGAACAUGGAAGAUCACUGCGAGUUCAAGUGCACUUUCCGUGACGACAAUUGUGGUCAAUGCGGAGGGGAUUUCUUACGCAUCAAGGAAUCUGAACAUAUUGAUCAAUGUCCAGAAGGUGUUGUCCAAUGCCAAUGGAGACAGUUUGGAUGUGAUCAUGAGUGCAAGAGAAAGGAUAUUGAUGACCAUAAGGACAAAUGCGAGCUCAGGAGAUUGGGUCCGUGGGCAGCAAUUAUGAAGGCUGAGAAUGAAGUCAAGAAUGAGAAGAUUGACCGCCUUGAACGUAAGAUCAAGCAUCUUGAGCAUUGCCUCAAUGAUAAUGGAAAUUUCGACCGAACCGAUGCAACUACCCCUUCUCUCGCAGGACUGUCGAUCUCUGAUGAUUCCUACGAAACACCCAAUACUUAUCUUCUUUCCGUUGUCGAAUCUCAACAAAGCAGAAUUAAUGCUCUUACUGCCAGCAUCGCCGAGAUGGAAGCUCGUCAAAGCGUCAUGCUUCUCAACGAAACUAUUCCAUUGAAGGAUCAAAUUGUUGAGCUUCGCAAUACUAUGAGUACAAUCAAUAUGUAUGUCCGUUGGUUGUUGAAUGUUCGUACACGAGAAGGUCAACGACGCAGCUUUGGUAACGGCGGUACUAGUGGUGGCGCAGGUGGUGGUAGCCUUGAUGAUAAUGGAGGUGUUGGAUCAAGUUCUGGUGGUAGUGGAAUCGGAAGACGUCUUAGCGAUAAUAAUCGAGAGGGUGGUACGAAGCUUUAGGUUUAUGAUGGAGUACAUGGAUGGAUUAAUGCAUAUGGAGUAAGGAUGAGAAAUGAUUGAUGAUCAAUGACACCUUAUUGCAGUGCAUGAAGGGAUUGGGAUGGUAUGGUUUUUGAUUUUUUGAUUUUGAUGCUAAAGAUAUCUGGAUGGAUGGCGUACUAAUAAUUAUGUGUGACGUUCUUUUAAUAACGGGAGUUUUUGGAUUUCUUGUAAUAUUAGGGAGGGGUAGAAAGAUGGGUAAUGUGGGCAUUUUUGGUUGGAGUUGGGGUGGAGGAGGUUGAAGAAGAAAAGACAAACUAUUUACUGGCAGGCACCGGCGGAUUGAGAUGAGUUUCGGGCGGGAUGACCAAACUUUCUUGAAGGCCAUAGUACUUACUUGCUUGGCUGGCAUAUACCUCAUAAGAUAAAUCGGUCUCAAUAUAAGAUUAAAAUACCAUAAAUACAUUCCGAU